AUGUCUUCGCAGAAGCUGCUCAAGGAAGAACACGUGUCGGGUCUAACCGGCGGCUCGAUUGGCGAGAUCUACGUGGUAACAUGCGUCAAUCUCACUGCUUACGUUGCCUGGGCUCUGCUUCGAAAACGGUACGGAGACCAUUCGCCCUGGGAUGUUGAUUUUGUCAUCUUUGACUUCUUGCUCAACUGGCUGGGUCUGCUAUUGAGUGUCACAAUCUACUCCAACCAGCCGCUGCUGCUCAAUGCUCUGAUUAUUGUGCCAGCUGGUGUGUGGUACAUUUGGGGUCGACGAGACCGGGUGAAGAAGAGAAAGGAGCUGCGACCUGAUUUCCAGCAGGAAAAGGACAAGGAGGUGAAGCGGGCAGACAAGGAAAUGCCCUUUCUGUCCGUCUACAGAGGCUCUAUGAUGGUCAUCACUUGCAUUGCUAUUCUUGCGGUCGACUUCAACAUUUUCCCUAGACGGUUUGCCAAGGUGGAGACGUGGGGAACAUCUAUGAUGGAUCUGGGGGUGGGAUCGUUUGUGUUCUCCAUGGGAGUUGUCUCCAAGCCUCGAACUGACGAGCCCUUUGGACCUCAGAUGAAGAAGUCUCUGAAACACGCGUUCCCCGUGCUGGUUCUGGGCUUUAUCAGACUCAUUUCAGUCAAGAGUCUGGACUACCAGGAACAUGUCUCCGAGUACGGCGUGCAUUGGAAUUUCUUUUUCACUCUUGGAUUCUUGCCCCCCUUUGUCACUCUGGUCGGAGGACUGUUCAAGAAGACCAAGAUCCCUCUCAUGGGUCAGUCUGUCAUCAUUGCAUUGGCUUAUGACGUGCUGCUCUCCGUGACAUCGCUCAAGGAGUAUAUUUUGACUGCUCCCCGAGUGGAUAUCUUCUCCCAAAACAAGGAGGGCAUCUUUUCCUUUAUUGGCUAUCUCGCCAUUUUUCUGGCAGGUCAAGCCGUCGGUACUGUCAUUUUGCGAACUAAGCUUCCUGAACCUACCCCUGCCAACUCAAAGAGAACCCCCCAUAACCUGCGAUACCGUCAAAUCAUCAAGUAUCUGACGAUAUCGUCGAUUCUGUUCCACGUGGCUCGUCUGUACUACGACGGAACCAUUGAGAUCAACGUAUCUCGACGACUCGUCAACAUGCCAUACUACCUGUGGGUGUGUGCCUACAAUACCUUCUUCCUGGGCUGCUACGCCGCCAUAGAGGUCAUUCUGGUGCCCAUUCGAGCCUCUCAACCAGCCACUCCUCGAGUUCCUCUGACCCUGGACGCUGUCAACUAUAACGGCCUGGUGAUCUUCCUGUUGGCCAAUAUCGGUACGGGGCUUAUUAACAUGUCAGUGAAUACCUUGGAGGCUUCUCCUGCCAAGACCAUGGUCAUUCUCGUUGCAUACUGCGCUGCUCUUUCGGGUAUUUCGUUGGUGCUCUACAAGAAAGAGAUUCGGUUGAAGUUGUAG